UGGAAUCAGUUUUUCUGGCUGAGAGCCGGUUCUUUGGCAGUCGGAAAGCAGAAAACUGCUCAUCUGUGUCACAAGACACUUCUGACUUCAGAAUGUCUGUCUGAAAGAAGAAGAAAAAGAAUGAGUCCGCCAAAAAAGAAACAUCACCACUGUCUGCUCUGUGAGAAAUCCUUCACAACAGCUGGAAAUUUAAGGGUUCAUGUACGAGCUCACACUGGAGAGAAACCGUACAGCUGUGACCAAUGCGGGAAGGCUUUCAACACAGCAGAGAGCCUGAGACGACAUCAACGCAUUCAUACUGGAGAAAAACCGUACGGCUGUAAACAAUGUGGGAUCGCGUUUGCCACGGCACAGAGCCUGAGACGACAUGAACGCAUUCACACUGGAGAGAAACCAUACAGCUGUAAACAAUGUGGGAAUGCUUUCACAACGGUACAUUACCUGAGAGAACAUCAACGCAUUCACACUGGUGAGAAACCGUACAGCUGCGACCAAUGUGAGAAAACCUUUGUCACCAAAAGUGCCCUACAAUGCCAUCGACGCGUUCACACUGGAGAGAAACCGUACUGGUGUGAACUAUGUGGGAAUAUGUUUUCUCAUAGUAGUGCCCUUAAAUCUCACCAGCGAGUUCACACUGGAGAGAAACCGUACUGGUGUGAUCAAUGUGGGAAAAUGUUUUCUCGGAGUGAUUCCCUUAAAUCUCACCAACGUGUUCACACAACGUCUUCUUAAGCAUUUUAAAGCCGAGCCAGCUGUUUCUUCAUGCCUCCUCUCCAUGUGCUGUGUUGUUAUAUUCUCUCUGAAACUAAAGACUGACCAACAGUAACUGUCUGACUGCGGCGGUUUGAUCCAGUAAGGAGGAAGAGGCCAUGAAUAGAGAUACAAAAACAAAUUCAGACUGAACAAACCUUUAUCUGUCAUUCUCAGCAUCAAUAGGUCAGGUCAGUCAGAUAUCUACCUCAAGUGACAAGGAUUCCUGCAGCCUACUCCUCAGACUGUUCUGUGCAUCAAAAGUUGGAUUAGUGAACACAAAGCUCACUGCACAGACGUACAGCUUAUUAGGAAAAUCCCAGGCCUAUACAUCUUCCUUGUCCUCCAAGGCAAUAAGGGGCCAUUCUUCCCCCAACAACCAUCUUUAUGGUUGUAUAACUCUUUCUAUUAAGCCACGUGGUUUUGGCCUUCUUGACUCUCUCCCACACACACAUACACACUUUUCCUCUCUCACACCCUUACACUGUAGACAAUCUAACAUUAGACUAUGUAGAUCUCUAUACUCCAUACAUUAUGCAUUUUGUUUAUUUAGAAUAAAUACAUUUUUGGAAUAUA